GAUGGCGCACGUUAGCCACAUUUCGACUCUUUUUCCCGGCAACGUGCUCGCGUGAAGGGUGUUCGUCAUUUGUUUAGCGAAAACCGGUUGAAAUCACCCAAAAAUGGGUAUAGACAUUUGCCACAAGAAUGAACGCAAAGUGGUACGGCGCAAUCCGAAGAGUGACAACGUCUACCUGCGUCUGCUCGUAAAGCUAUACCGCUUCCUCGCUCGCAAGACCAACUCGAAAUUCAAUAAGAUCAUCUUGAAGAGGCUCUACAUGAGUCGUAUUAACCGGCCUCCGAUGUCGACUUCGAAGAUCGCAAAGCUGAUGGCGAAGCCCGAGCGUUCUGGAAAGAUCUGCGUGGUGGUCGGCAGCAUUACUCACGAUACUCGCUAUUUCCAGAUGCCCAAGCUGACCAUUGCCGCCCAACGUUUCUCCGACGAGGCUCGCAAGUGCAUCUUGCGCAGCGGCGGGGAGUGCAUAACUCUCGACCAGUUGGCUCUCCGUGCGCCCAAGGGCCAAAAUACUGUCUUGCUGUCGGGUAAAAGGACUGCUCGCAAGGCGUGCCGAUACUUCGGGCCUGCUCCUGGAGUGCCCGGAAGCCACGCUCGCCCCAGGGUCAUUUCGAAGGGACGAAAGUUCGAGCGUGCCCGAGGCCGCAGGAAGUCUAGGGGCUUUAAGGCCUAAAUUCGUUGUAUACAGCAUCGCGUACAAGGCCGCUAUCAUCCCUAAAAACGGUGGACGAUAUUCAUGUUUUGCUGUGUGUCUAAUAAACAUGGUGAAAUUGAAA